AAUGAGCCAAGCGUGCGCGCGUUCACAAGGCGUGCGACCAUUGGUCCGCUGCGCCUGGCGUCACGUGCACACAGCAGGAGCGGUCCCCUAAGCGGCGUUCUUUUUCACCGCUUCGAGCCGGCCACCACAUCGCAUCGACUGAACCGCAGUGUCCACGAGACGCGCCUUGCUGUUCGCGACGCCACAGCGCCUUUCUUUCGCCCGCGUGGGUUCGUGACUCUCGCCACGGCGGCCUUCGACGACCUCUGAUGCACUUCUGGCAGACCAUGGAAGCAGCCAACAAGGCGAGUAACGGCAAGAGGCGCAAGAACUCCUGGACCAGUGAAAAAGAGACGCGGCUCAUCGGGCUGUACCAGAAGUUCCGGCUCUUGUGGGACCACCGUCAUCCGGACUACUACAAGAGGGACCAACGCGAGUACGCCAUGAGGGCCAUCGCCGAUGGCAUGUGCAACGAGUUUGACGUGGUGAACGUGAAGGACAAGAUCAAGACACUGCGCGACUACUUCGUGAAGGAGAUGAAGAAGGAAGAGGGCUCGCGCGCGUCGGCGUGCGCCUACACUUCCCGAUGGGAGCACUACAAGUGCUGGGAGUUUCUUCGUGGCACCGUCAACGUGGACACAAGCUCACAGCCGGCCGGCGCCCCUGCCAUGUCAUAUCAUGAGGUGAAGCAGGAGGCUCCCGACGUGUGCCCGGCGUUACCGAGCUACAUCAGCGAGAACGACAUGAUCCUGCCUUCGACGCCCGACUCCAUGUCAGAUGAGGAGGGCCUGGGUAGCCCGAGGAGGCGACCCGCACGACUUCAUCAUCCAGUCAGCAAUGGAUCACCGCUAAAUCGCUUCACUCUCGGGUCCGAAGCCACGGUGCCUUCAGUGACGAAGGAACCCGUUCCUUCGUUUCUGAACGGCUUCCGAACGGCAUCACUGUGUCCUCUGCCGACCAAGAGACUACGCCAGUUGACAGUUCCUGAACGCACACCACCACAACAAAACAACCACGUAGACUUCCCAACCGGCAGCCAGCUGUACGAAGCCAACACGUCACCGCCCAGGGUCGCCCGUGCGUGCACCAGCACUUCCACCAGCGUCGAGACGGGAAACCACGCCGGGCCGAGCACGAGCGCAAACAACGUUGCACUCUUGGCCGUGAGCGAUCUCAACGACGGAGAGGCCCUGUUCUGCCAGCAGAUCACCUCCGAGCUACGCGAGAUGGCGAAGUACCAGAGAGACCUGGCGAAAGUGCGCAUCCAGCAGGUGCUGUUCGACGUCAAGUACAUGAGUCAGGCGCCCGCCGCUGGGGGCGCCAGCACCGAAGAGCUCCAGCGGACCCAGCCGACGAGUGUCGCGGUCGCCGCGUCGCAGCUGGGCCAAAAAGCGGCGAGCGUCCCGACUGUCGUCGCUGCCCCGCGCUCCAGAGAAGAUCCGAUUUUUUCGAAACGUCCCCGGCAUCCAGCGUUUGAGAGGGCGGUCCCCAGCGUGUGACGGUUGCCACGGAGGAGCUUGAAAACAAGACGCGGACACUGUGUGCAGUGCAGGAUGAUUUUUUUUUUACGUGCGUCAAAUUUUUUUUUUCUCUCGAUGAGGAUAGAAAGUUAUCCGAACAGUCUGGUAAUAAAGAAAUGCCUUCACGACCGUC